AUGGCCGGAGACUGGCGACAGUGGCGAGGCUUUGCGCUGGAGGAAGCCGAGCUCCUCGGCGGCCGCCUGAAAGACCUGCUGUCCUCGGGCCAAGCGUUCGUCCGAAGCCGCCUGGGAUGGGACCUCGGUCUGGAGCCCGAGUUCUACCCGACCUGGCUGGUGCUGACGACGGCCGCCUUGGGCGCGCUGCUCGUGCUCGCCGCCUUCUUGGCCGCCGUCUGCGGCGGCGGUGGCGGUGACAGGAGGAGAAAGCGAAGCGUCCCGCCGCCGGUCACCCUCCGCGGUGGCGGCGAGGUGGCUGCCAAGACACCGCUAGUCAAGGCACCGCUAACCAAGACGGCAAAACCGGAGGAAACGAAGAAAAAAAACGUCAAGAAAGCGGGAGACAAGCAGAAACCUCAGCCUAACGGACAACUUGCUUCCGCCGUGGUCGUUCAACAGGAAGUCAAAGUCCCCAAGGUGCUUUCCAGGCAGCCGCCUCCACCCAUCAAAACCCGGAAGGCGCCCCAACCACAAGAGCAGCUGCCGGCGCAGGUGAAAAAAGACCAGAAGAAAAGCAAAACGAAUGUCAAAGCGGCACCGUAUGUCAUCACACUUGAUGGUAAAGAACCCGACGAAGGCACGUGGGAGACCAAAGUCAGUAAUCGUGAGAAGAAGCAGCAGCGGCGGAAGGACAAGGGCCCCGAGACCUACGCUGGGCCAGAAGGGACAAAUGCUGGCAAGAGCCACGUGAAGAAGAAAAACACAGGCGCUCACGAGUCCCAGCCCUCAAAAUCAGCAGCCAAAGCCUCAGCCGCUGGCCAGGGAGGAGACGGGGUCGACUUUUCCGACAAGACUUCGGCUUCCGCCGAGAGUGGCAAGUGGGGUUCCCGCCACCGUGGCCGAGGAGAACCGCGGACCCAAGAGUCGCAAGGCGGCAACGCCAAGUCCGACCUGGACCCGGUGUCUUACUCCGCGCUAAGACAGAACGCAGCGGGUAGGUCAGAUAAUCGAUUGACAUCGUGUCAUUGGACGAACCGCGCCGAUGACCAAUGGGGCGGUUCGAAUGGCGCGGACCCUGGCUCUGACUGGAACGCCCCGGCCGAGCACUGGGGUAACUACGAAGAGCCCCCUGUGGCGACCGUGCUACUGACUCAGCUGAUGGAGAGGCCCUCCGCCACUAAGGUAACGUCCGGGGAGAACGAUGGCCAGGAUCCGGCAGGGGGCGCCGCGACAGCUAAGAAGAGGAGGAAAAGGAAAAAGAAGAGCGAAGAGGAAGCUGCAUCUGAGGGAAGUCAGCAGUUUCUGCUGCCUUUCCAGGGCAUCUGUAAUUUGACAACCCGUGACGAGAAAAGCGUUUUGUCGGCGAUGAGCCGCGUCCUAACGCCUUGA